CAAAUUCCCUAUCGUUGCCUCACCGCACCCUACUAGGCGAUUCCCCGAAAUAUCCCCCCGAUGCCAACAAUGGCGGUACAAACCACUAUUUCUAUCAUAGGGUUGAUGCUCCUCGCCCUCACUUUCGCCACCUCAGUCAGGAGAAAAUCGUAGAACCCCUGUCGUAUGGCGGACACGAUAUUAUCAUGGAAUCACUUUUCGAGUGAUCGGUAGCCUCAUCCGAUCGUUAGCAGGGUGUGAAUCCGGUGCGCGAUAAUCAUGCGAGACCACCAGAAAGCUCUGUAGGACUUCUAGUGAGAUGCAUGCUGGCAUAUCACUCUUGUGAUCAAUUGGUUUGAUGUGUGGAUACAUGGAAUCACACUUUGCAUUGUACCCUCCUCGCCCGCUUCGGUUUUCGUUACCUCAUCGGCCCUAGCAAUGAGUUUCUUUCCCAAGGAUCGUCCCGCGCUGCGGAGUUUCUUCAUCUUGGCUAUUACUCGCACCAUUGCUUCUCGCGCAACUCGUCGCUGGAGUCCUCAUCCUGUCCCAGGAUAUCGGUUCCCACCGUCAGAGUUCCGAAAUGACGAGCAACCCGAUCGAGCAGGACAGGACAAAAACUCGCGCCGUGGCUCCAACUGGCUCCUCAAGCUCCCAAUCGGCACGGAGCAAUUGGUCACGUAGUAAUUGCCGUCAGAUACAGUGC